AUGGCCCAGGGCGUGUCUGAGAUGGCGGCGCUGUGCGUGGGUCUGGUGGGUCUGAUGGGGGCGGCCGCCGUCACCGGGAUGCCCAUGUGGAAGGUGACAGCCUUCAUCGGAGAGAACAUCAUCGUCAUGGAGACGCGCUGGGAGGGUCUGUGGAUGAACUGCUACAGACAGGCCAACAUCAGGAUGCAGUGCAAGGUGUACGACUCUCUGCUGUUCCUCCCUCCAGACCUGCAGGUAUGAUUACUUUAUGACUGCGUCCCAAAAUGGCACCCUCUUCCCUAUAUAGUGCCAGUGUCACCCUCUUGGCCCCGGCCAUUAGUAAUACAGGGAAUAGGGUGCCAUUUGGGAUGAACACUAUGAAAUCAUGUCAAUCAUGAACACAUUUGAACCCUAUUUUGGUAAAUGUUACUUUAUGUAUUGUAGCAAAUAUGGGCGGUAGCUCCUUCCAGGACUCAAACCCGGGUCCAGCAACUAUCAACCUUAGCCGUUCCACCAAGAGACCCGAACCUCUUGAAAAGGUCGCCUCCCGAGUGGCGCAGUGGUCUAAGGUGCUGCAUCGCAGUGCUAGCUGUGCCACUAGAGAUCCUGGUUCGAAUCCAGGCUCUGUCGUAGCCGGCCGCGACCGGGAGACCCAUGGGGCGGCGCACAAUUGGCCCAGCGUCGUCUAGGGUAGGGGAGGGAAUGGCCGGCAGGGAUGUAGCUCAGUUGGUAGAGCAUGGUUGUGGGUUCGAUUCCCACGGGGGGGUAUGAAAAAAACACACAAAAAAACAAUUUUUAUUUUUUUUAAUAGAAAAUGUACGCACUCACUGUAAGUUGCUCUGGAUAAGAGCGUCUGCUAAAUGACUAAAAUGUAAAUGUAAUGAUGGGUUAAUGUGCUACAGUAUGUAUUGGUCUUCUCUUCCACAGGCUGCCAGGGGCUUGAUGUGCUGCUCUCUGGCCCUUUCAGGGCUGGGUCUGCUGGGGGCUCUUGCAGGGAUGCGCUGUACCUCCUGCAUCCAGGACAACGACCGCGCUAAGACCCUCAUCCUCAGGGUGGCGGGAGGCAUGCAGUUACUGGCCUCUAUCUGUGUGUUCACCCCAGUCUCCUGGAUGGCUCACACCAUAAUCCGUGACUUCUACAACCCCCUGCUGAUCGACGCCCAGCGCAGGGAGCUGGGGGAGGCUCUCUACAUCGGCUGGGUGACCGGAGCCGUCCUCUUCACCUCGGGGCUUCUUUUCCUCUGUCGCCGCGUCCCCUCCGCCUCGUUCGAUAUCUACCACCCAGCCAACAGGAUCAACAAACCCACCCUGAUGCGGUACCAUCCCAUCUCCAGUGUCCCUAGCAUGAGGGCUAACCACCAGCCCGGUCUGAACCACCAACAAAGUUACGGCUUCGAUGCAUACCAACACCACCAAGCUCCAAUUCUUCAUAACUCGCCUCAUGGACAACAUGUCAUGGACCCUUCUGCUGCCGUGGAUGACCCUAGCUUGGUGGAGAACGUUGGGCCGUUGGUCUAUCAUCAUGGCAGCGCUGACGGACACCAUCCCUCCACCUCUAACAGCUCCAACUACGUCAGCAGCCUGUCCACUCCGGGUAACUCCCUAUACAUCAGUCAACAGACCAAUCCAUACUCCUACAGUCAACAGACCAAUCCAUACUCCAUCAGUCAACAGACCAAUCCAUACUCCAUCAGUCAACAGACCAAUCCAUACUCCAUCAGUCAACAGACCAAUCCAUACUCCAUCAGUCAACAGACCAAUCCAUACUCCAUCAGUCAACAGACCAAUCCAUACUCCUACAGUCAACAGACCAAUCCAUACUCCUACAGUCAUCCGGGAAGCCUGUCUGCUUCAUACAACUCCAGUUUCCAAGCCGUACCUCAGAAUCCUGUUUUCAUCGGGUAUAAGGGCUCCAGAGUUCAACCACUGCAGUCUCACCACAGUGGAAGCAGUGUUGGUGUGUACAUCUGA